GAUUCCCACUUCGUGGACCCCCCUCAGGGCUUUUGCGUAAGAAAACGUCACAGCCAGGACGUAUAUAAACUCCCGUCUUGAAUCUGUUCACGCACUUGCUCCUGAUUAUUGCAAAUACUCAGCCAAUAUGAAGUUUGCUUUGGUCUUCCUCGUCGCACUCGUGGUUGCUGUUUCCGCAGCUCCCGAGUACACCUCCAAAUUCGACAACAUCGAUCUGGAUCAAAUUUUGAACAAUGAUCGUUUGUUGAACAAUUAUAUCAGUUGUCUUUUGAAAGACACUGGUUGCACCCCCGAUGGCAAAGAACUCAAAACUGUACUUCCUGAUGCUCUGGCCACCGAAUGCGUCAAUUGCACUGAGAAACAGAAGAAAGGCUCAGAGAAAGUAAUCCAAUUUUUAUCCGACAAAAAACCUGAAAUUUGGAAACAACUUUUGGACAAGUACGACAAAGACGGAUCAUACAGGGCAAAAUAUGGAGAGCAUGCUAAGAAAAUUGGAGUUGAGGAGCACAAGUACACUACUAAGUAUGAUAAUAUCAAUGUGGAUGAGGUACUAAAAAGCGAGAGGCUCGUUACCAACUACGUGGGAUGUUUUCUUGAUAAAAAUCCUUGCACCCCCGAUGCUGCUGAACUCAAAAGAAAUCUUCCAGAUGCUUUGGAAACUGAAUGUGCAUCGUGCAGUGAAGUUCAAAAGGUAGGUUCGGAUAAGUUUUGUGAAUUCUUGAUUAAAAACCGCAAAGAAGAUUGGGAUAAACUAGAAGCCAAAUACGACCCGUCUGGAUCCUACAGAAAUAAAUAUUUGGCUAAUAAAGCCCAAGAGGAAAAAUCUGAAUAAAAAUUUGAUUUCGGAUUUUGGCAUUGCACCUGGCGAAUGGAGAAGAUUUUCAGAUAUGACAACUUUAGUAAUAAUUUUGAUGUUUUAGUUAUUAGAACUAUCCAACCAAUAACACUACAAAUGAUUAUUCGUACUGUACUUAAAGAAUAAUUUAGCACUUGAUAAUUGUAGA